UAAAUACUAUUCGGCCAAAACAACAAUACGUGCGUAGUUCGGGAAAAGCCGAUGAUAGUAUCAUUUAAAUAGGAAUCUUCAGUAUACUUGGAACUUGCGUGGUCGACUGGUGUGGUACAUUUAUCAGACUCACUUACAACAGUUUUAAUCGGUUUUGAUGUAAAAUGCAUUGGAAGUUUACGUAACUAACAAUACUCACAUUCGACAAAAUAUUUAAUCUACCAAUAAAACAAUAAUUACAAUAAUAUUUUUCCAAUACGCUGCGGGAUACGAGUGGAAUUGUGUUGACACUUCUAAAUAAUUUAAAGAAGUCUCUCGUUUUUAAUUCAUUACACCGUAGCCACAAGUCAAUCACAAGAACACGAAAAUGUUGAAACAACACCUUGACAUGAUCGGCAGGAACGAACCCAUCCAGAGGAAAGCCAGAUUCUGGCAAUCCUACGUCAGAGCAUUAAAAGGAUCCGACGACAUGAGGGCACCGGAAAUCACACACUACCACACACCCGGCAGGGGAGUGUUCAGGCCCAUCUUGAGCGCCGACUACCCGACAUGGCCCAGCUACAAGUCCAUCUACGACGACCCAAAGCACCCGUCCGACAGAAUCAACACACCGGGAUACCGUUACCUGCCAAUCUCCAGAGACACAUACGGCAUUUCGCCCAGGAACAUUUACCCGCACAACUACCACUCCGAUCGCUACCCUUCAUACGAUCACUAUCACAGCGAACCGUACAAAGCGUUACAAGACUGGACAGAUCAUUUGGAUCGCAUGGCAGAACUUAACAAAAUAUUCCCCGGAGACCACCCGGCGUACUACGAACCAAAGAAACCCUUACCGCUACCGGAGAGACGAGCAACAUCCCUACCGCCCGUCAGAGGUUACAACUUUUCAGGUUUACCUAUUUACUCGACCGGUGGCGUUAAGAGACGACCACUGUCCGAGUUGUUCGAGCCGAGUGUGUACACACCGAGGUCCAGAUACGUCCGGGACCCAUGGUGGUGGGAAUACCCACAUCUGAAACCAUUCACUCCGGUUAGUUCAUCGUACAGGCCACCCGCAAAAUCUUAUCUGAGGAACAGUUACUUGUCACCGGUGAAAAGGACCUACUUGUGGGGACACCAUCCCAUCAGGCCGUUCACUCCGAGCUACUAUUAUUAAAAACAAAAACAAAAAAAAAAAUGUCUCAAAAAAGUACAAACUCUAUACCAUGGGUCAGCCAUCAUCGUCUCCAUCUACUGAUCGAGUUCGCACAUGAAACGCCAAGCAAAUAACGCAAUUAUCGUGAGAAGCUGAACAGUCUAAAAUGUAAUAAUUUAUUUUUAUAUACAUCACUUCGAAACACUUCAAUCCAUCAAUUGCAUUAUUUAUUAUUUAUUAAAUGUAUUGACACACAUAUUGCGCUUUAAUAAAUAAACAGAAUCCGGAAGUCUGUUUUUAGCGUUUUAAUCAUUACUCAAUAAUAUACACCACACAUAUUAUAUCAUCAUAAAUACAUGUUAACAUUGUACAAAU